GAAGUCGAGCAAAAGGUAUUGGAAAUGCAAUGCGGACAAGGUUUUAUAUAAGACGAGGUGGUUCACCGAAUGAUGGGUUAAAGAAUUUCAGAGAGCUAUUUGUGGCCUGCAGCUUCACACGCCACAUACAGACGGCACAGCAUGGAGACACUUCUUUUUCUAUUUCCUCAAUUCAACUACAUGGCCCCAAAGGAGGAAGCAUAUUUCAAAACGCUCUGUCCAGAUCACUUGCGAGCACCGACGAUGAAGGACGACUGUAGCAGACAAAAAGACAAGGAGAGGAAGAGUCGACUAAGCCUUUUUCUCACCAAGUCGGGCUCUCAUGAAAACGUCAGUCCCCAUAAAAUGACAAAUGCGGCACCCAGCAGCAUCUCACCAGAGGCGGCACUGCAAUGGAGCGACUCCUUUGAAGAACUGCUAAAGCACUCGGAUGGGGUAGAAACCUUCUCCCAGUUCCUCAGGACAGAGUUCAGUGAGGAAAACAUUGAGUUCUGGUUGGCCUGCGAAGAAUACAAGACCAUUGAUUCCGAGACAAAGCUGCUGUCCAAAGCCAAAUGUAUUUAUUCAGUAUUUAUUGAAUCGGAGGCCCCUAAAGAGGUCAACAUUGACUACAGCACCAAGGUGGCCAUCCAGAAGGACAUGGCGCAGCCCACAAAGGGCUGUUACGAAGCCGCACAGACGAAGGUCUACAGCCUGAUGAAAAAGGACUCCUACCCGAGGUUCCUGAACUCUGACAUUUAUCUGCGUCUCACCAGGCGGAGAGGCCCCGGGGCCACCAUGUUUCGCAGAAGGUCACGCUCCUGUGUGUUCAAUGACAGAGGCGAGGCCACGACCGAACCCUCGGCCUGGUAGCUGUAUGGCGUCGCAGGCGUAGUAUGGCUCGCUCUGUGAAACAGAUUGUACGGGAGAGUGUUUGCGAUUUUGCAGCGCAGUUGUGUUUCGCACAGAGGCUUGUUAUUGACAGGUUCGCUUCUGCAUACUGCAUUAAUUUUUUCAUAACCGCAGGAACGAAAGUGGUUUAUGCAUCGUACCGCAGCAGCACGUCAGCGGUACAAAAAUGAAGGGAAUAGUUUGUCAAUUUCUGAAACACGUCUAUUUGCUUCACUGUCAUUAGUUAAACAUGAGGAUCGAUACUAUUCUCCUGUGUAUAAAAAAAGAAGCUCCAGCCAUCAGCUGGUUAGUUUAGCUUAAUUUAAAGACUGGAAAUAUAGGGCAACAGCCAAUCUAGCUCUGACCAGUAUCAAUCUGUAUUUACCAAAAAACCUCCAAAACUCACUACACCCACUAACUAAACGUACUGACACGUCGUCUCUUCUUCAUUGAAUCUGCACCAGCUUAUUUCUUGUUCAGACGCAGCAGCCUCCUGGAGUCUUCACUGCUUGCCUGGCAAUUUCGCUUUUGACAACAUACAAGGAAGUUUUAGUUUACUAUAACGGCCUCUUUCCAGUAGUAGCAAAGCUAAGCCAACAGCCUGAUAUCAACCAUAUAGACAUGUAAGGGAUCUACUGUAACUCUUGACAACACAGCAGUAUUUCCCAAGAUGUUUUCUACAACAAUAUGCAGCUCGAUAACAGCUGACACCAUUGGCCUUUCGGCUAUAGGAAUACAUUUAGAAAGGUUAUGAGGCCACUACGUCACAGUCAUGCGGUUAUCUGAAAAUAACGGAAACCCUCUGGCCAAUCAUACAGUAAGUGAGUAUAUUGUCCAUGGCCACAAAGAAUAAAUUUCCCUCGGGUUCAAUAAAGGAUCUAUCAAUUUAUCAGUAUAGAACUGGAUGACUGCAAAGAUAUAUGAAUUGUCUUUCUCAGGCACUGCGCUGAGCAUGAUGAUUUUUACAUUCUCUCAAAUCUCUUGAACCUUGAAUGGCAGCGGGACGUACGGAGACAGAAUCUCGUGUGCUCCUCUCCAGUCCACUGCAUAGGCAGCCAUCACGGUCACACUGUGUCUCCCAACCACCCAGCCACAGCACCUUAUCCAACAUUAAUACUGAUGAUUUGGCGUAUAAGCUAAAUUGACCACAUCUCAUUAAAAUGGAUCCAUGAUUUGAGCCCUCACACUGUCCAAUCACCUCCAGACUAACCCUGCAGUGAAAGCCUGCAGCCAAGUACUGAAACUUUUUAAUGAGGGAUAUAAACGUCUAAUUUUUCUUAUUAAUUAGAAUAUAUCCAAUUUUCACACACAGAAAAUGCAUAUAUCAUAUUUGAAUACUAAUAUCACAUUAUCUUGAUUAUGAUUGCUGUUUUUCAGUUUGCUUCUAUCUCCAAUAAUUUAUGUAUUAUGAUCAUAUGUGUAUUGCCCUGCUGUUGUAAAUGUACAUACUCUAUACAUGAAAUAAUUCAAAUAAACACUUUUUUAAAUAA